AAAAUGUAUAAAAGGGACAUGAUGACAUGACUGCAACAUUGACGGUGGACAAACUGACAUCUGAAACGCCAAUUCGCGAACCAUCUCCAAGUUGCGAAGAAUUUAAAGAGCGUGCACAGGGACCACUGUGAGUGCGCAGUUAGUGCAAGAUGUCGCCUGUCAUUGGCCUGUGCCUUUUGAUUGUCGCCUCCACGUGCGCGUCGCCAACCCUGGAAACGACGAAGAAGCCCAUCAUUGAGCGUGAAGACGAAAUUCAGCAAUGUAUUGACAACGACGCGUUGACCAGGGAGACGUUUGCAGCAAUGGAGAGAAUCGUUAAGAUUUCCUCCUACGCCUACCAGUCCGAGAAGCUGGACGAGCUGGAACGCCUGGAGAAACACCUCAACAAAAUGAGGCAAAUUAUCAUAAUCAAGGGGGAGGAAGCGAGCGAGUUGGCAGAUUGCUUGGAUGUUCAGAGAUCAGGAGUGAACGAGAGUGGAGUUUACACUAUUACUCCCCCUGGCUUGGAGCCGAUGGAGGUCUACUGCGACAUGGUGACUGACGGGGGUGGUUGGACGGUCGUCCAGAGACGCCAAGACGGCACUGUGAACUUCGACCGCGUCUUUGAAGACUACAGACAGGGCUUUGGCGACCGGGCCGGGGAGUUCUGGCUCGGAAACACCGCCUUAAGAGGCCUGACGGAAGACACCGAUAAUGUACAACUCCGCAUAGACAUGUGGGACUGGGAGGACAAUUACAGGUACGCGACCUACAACGGCUUCCGUGUCUCCGGAUCAGACUUCACUUUGAGCUUCAUAUCAGGCAGCUACGAUGGGACUGCUGGCGACUCCCUCUCCUACCACAAUGGCAUGGGCUUCACCACGCGGGACCACGACGUGGACAGGGCGUCGGGCGGCAACUGCGGGGUGUGGCUGUACAGCGGCUGGUGGUUCGACCUCUGCCAUCGGGCCAAUCUGAACGGCCGCUACAAGAACGAGCUGGACGCCACCACGGGCAUGGAGCAGGACCAAGGUAUCCAGUGGAUGGCCUGGAAGGGUAACCAGUACUCGCUGAAGAAGGCCGAGAUGAAACUCAGGGUUGACAAGACGUCAAAUACAUAUCUUGCAGACUGCGCCAAGAUCAUGGCGUCGGGCAGUUCGGAGAGUGGGGUGUACACCAUCGCCUCCGCAAGAUUGAAGCCAGUCGAGGUGUACUGCGACAUGGAAUCCGCCGGCGGUGGGUGGACGGUCUUCCAGAAGCGGGAAAACGGCAUGACCGAUUUCGACGUGAGCUUCGAAGAUUACGCCAACGGGUUCGGCGAUGCUUCCUCCGAGUAUUGGCUGGGCAACGACGCGCUCCGGAGCAUGACCGACCCCGAACGCGGUCUCUUCGAGCUCCGCAUCGACCUUUGGGACUGGAACGGCUCCCGUAGGUACGCCACCUAUCAGAAUUUCGCGGUGACCGGCGACAACUUUGUCCUGUCUCUGGGCGAGUACUCUGGCACUCUUGGUGACUCCCUGUCCUACCACAAUGGCAUGGGCUUCACCACGCGGGACCACGACGUGGACCGGUCCAUCGCCGGCAACUGCGGGGAGUGGCUGUACAGCGGUUGGUGGUUUAACCUCUGCCAUCGGGCCAACCUGAACGGCCGCUACAUGAACGCGCUGGACGCCACCACGGGCUUCCGGGCCGACCAGGGCAUCCAGUGGCUGUCUUGGAAGGGCAAUAGGUACUCCCUGAUGAAGUCGGAGAUGAAAUUCAGGCCGAUGAUGUGAACACGAUUUCGUCAACGAUGCUGCAGCGCAGCCGUAGGCCGAGCUCAUUGUACGCAUGCACGUUAAAUAAAAGCCAUACUUGCAGUUUUAUCACCGGUUACAGUGGACUUUAUAAGUCCCAGCCCUCGUUUUAAUGUUGAAAAAAUGUGACCCAUUUUUCCCAAAUCAGCCUAUAGUAUAAUUCGACCACCAGAACAUUAGAAGCCAUUACUGCGGUGGCACAACGCUCGUGGACAGGUGUUACGCGCGCGUUA